AUGGUCUGGUUCAUCUGCGAUUCCUGCGGGGACUCCAUCAAGAAGCCGAAGGUGGCGAAGCACCUGGGGUCGUGCGCGGCCUGGAGCUUCACCUGCAUAGAUUGCCAGCGGACGUUCGACCGGAAGAGCGUGCAUAACCACAUCAAUUGUGUGAGUGAGAAAGAGAAAUAUGUUGAUGGUGCCACCAAACCUGGAGGCUUUGCAGCAAAAGGUUAUGCAGAUGGUGCUGUAGAGGCUCGUGCGCAAGUGCAAAUUGAAGGCGGAGAAUAUCUGUCACAGCGGCCACCAUGGAUGUGCAGGUGA